AUGGUCGCACUCAUCGAUUCUCUUGGUGCCGAUAAGGUGUUUUUUGUCGGGCAUAACUGGGGCGCCUUGAUUGCUUGGCGCCUGUGUUUGUUUAGACCUGACAAAGUUAAAGCCUUGGUCAAUUUGAGCGUUCACUUUACCCCAAGAAACCCUAAACGGAAAAUUUUAGAGAAUGUCCGUGCUGCAUACGGAGAUGAUCACUACAUUUGCAGAUUUCAGGAACCAGGGGAAAUGGAAGUUGUGUUUGCUAGUUAUGGAACCAAGAAAGUUAUUGAGAAAUUCUUGACAUACAGGGACCGUGAUCCUUUUUAUUUCCCUGCAGAUAAGCCCUUUGGAGCUUUGUAUGAUACUCCUGUCAUCUUGCCAUCAUGGCUAUCUGAAAGAUGUUGA